AUGACGGUUGAACGCCUGAUCCUAGCUCGCAAGGGUAUUCCCAGCGAGGUUAUUCCCACUCUUAUUCAGGCCAGAAAAGGAGUUACGUCGAAACAUUACCACCCUGUUGCUGAAGUUGUUCCGGCAUGUUGUCCGGAUUAUCCUGUUUGUGUGAGCUGGUAUAAAUCUCGCCGCUAUCUGUGUAAAGCCUUCUCUCGAAAACAUCUGUCUGAUAUUAAAACAGAAGAUAUAGAGGGAGAAGAAAAGACAUAUGUGACUGAUAUGAAGGAAGAAGAUACAGAGGGAGAAGAAGAGACAUAUGUGAGGGGUGAUCAGCAGUGUAAGGAGGAGGAGAUCCCUACAGAUAUCAGCACAGAUGGACACACAAGCAGGAAUAUCUCAGAAGGACAUCUAAUGUUAUCCCCGGAUUGUGACAUAAAAGAUAAUGACAGUAGACAGGAUUCUCCAGGAGCUAACCGCAUUACGCCAAUUAUACAUCCAGCUCUAUCAGCUGAUCCCUGUGAUUCUGGGAAAUGUUCUCCUGAUCACUCUGAUAUUGGUGCAUCUGUUACAGCUCUGACAGUAGAUACAGUGUUUCCCUGUUCUGUAGAUGCCAAAUGUUUUACACAGAACACAAAGCAUAUUAAUCCACAGACAUGUAAGGCAGGUGAGAGGCCACUGAUAUGUUCUGAGUGUGGGAAAUGUUUUAAAUACAAAUCAGAUCUUGUUGUACAUCAGAGGAGUCAUACAGGUGAGAAGCCAUUUCCAUGUUCUGAGUGUGGGAAAUGUUUUGCACGGAAAUCAGAUCUUGUUAUACAUAAGAGAAGUCACACAGGUGUGAAGCCAUUUUCUUGCUCUGAGUGUGGGAAAUGUUUUGCAUGGAAAUCACAUCUUGUUACACAUCAGCAAAUUUACACAGGUGAGAAUCUGUUUUCUUGCUCUGAGUGUACGAAAUGUUUUACACGGAAAUCAGUUCUUAUUACACAUCAGCGAAGUCACACUGGUGAGAAGCCAUUUCCAUGUUCUGAGUGUGGGAAAUGUUUUGCAUACAAAUCAAAUCUUACUAAACAUGAAAGAAGUCACACAGGUGAGAAGCCAUUUCCAUGUUCUGAGUGUGGGAAAUGUUGUACACAGAAAUCAGAUCUUGUUAAACAUCAGAGAAGUCACACAGGUGAGAAGCCAUUUCCAUGUUCUGAGUGUGGGAAAUGUUUUACACAGAAAUCAGAUCUUGUUAGACAUCAGAGAAAUCACACAGGUGAGAAGCAAUUUUCUUGCUCUGAGUGUGGGAAAUGUUGUGUAAGUAAAUCACAACUUGUUACACAUCAGAGAAGUCACACAGGUGUGAAGCCAUUUUCUUGCUCUGAGUGUGGGAAAUGUUUUACACAGAAAUCACAACUUGUUACGCAUCAGAGAAGUCACACAGGUGAGAAACCAUUUCCAUGUUUUGAGUGUGGGAAAUAUUUUGCACGGAAAUCAGUUCUUUUUAUACAUCAUAGAAGUCACACAGGUGAGAAACCAUUUCCAUGUUUUGAGUGUGGAAAAUGUUUUGCACGGAAAUCAGCUCUUGUUACACAUCAGAGAAGUCACACAAGUGAGAGGCCAUUUCCAUACUCUGAGAAAUAAGCUUUUGUUCCACACAAUAGACUUAAUUCAGGUGAGAAACCAUUUUAAUCUUCUGGAGUAUACUUAUCAUUGCCAUGUAAUGUUCCUCAAGAUUCUGUCCUAUCUCUUAGGCUUUUGCAAUAUACAUACAACAGGUCCUUCUGAUAGAAGCUCACCAACAAAGGGCAGGGCUACAGCUCAGCUUUGCAAACCAACCAGACUUAAGCUUGGGGGUUCAGAGUAACAAAAUGCUGAUCAUGUGCGGAAUCUUGGGGAUAAAUUUACUAAGAUGGGAGUUCUAUUUUAGAUGGGAUGUUGCCAAUAGCAACCAAUCAGAUUUCAGGUAUUAUCUUCUAGAAGGUGCUAGAUAAAUGAGAAGUAAAAUCUGAUUGGUUGCCAUGGGCAACAUCCCAUCUUAAAUAGAACUCCCAUCUUAGUAAAUUUACCUCUUGGUGUCCUGGAUGGUGGAGUGACACUUGGGGGGUAUUCAACUGUUUGAAAAGUCAGGUGUUUGUUUUUUCCUAUCUACUAGACUGGAAAAAACACCCCCAACCGACUUUUCAAACAAUUGACUUCCACGCUUACACAUCAGGUAUCAGCCACAAUCAGAUCCUCAUCUGAGGAACAUAGCCAGACUCCAGCACUUAUUUCCCUCAGAAGAUCUACCUACAGUCAUACAUGCACUUGUAUCAUCACGCAUAGACUACUGCAAUGUCCUCUACCUGGGUCUCCCAGCAAAAGAAUUGCACCACUUGUAGCUUGUACAGAAUGCAGCAGCCAGGCUGUUACCUAACCACACGUUCCUGCCACAUAACAUCCAUUCUCUGCUCCCUGCACCGGCUGCCUGUAAGAUGGUGACUAUUACAUAAUCUCACUGACUCUCCCAGCCCUACAUGACCAGGGUCCAUGUACCAGAAGCAGCGCCCUGUUUGGUUUCAUCUGCAGAUGAAGGACUGUAACCAGCAGUAUCAAUUCCCCAAGCAGCACUGAGGUGUCAGGGGAGACAGGGUAGGCGGCACCUUUGCAGUAGUGGGGGCUGCUGGAGCAGGGUCUACAUAGGUAAUAUUGUCUCCAAGCAGCGCUGAGGUGUCAGGGGAGACAGGGCGGAUGGCUGCAGUGCGGUACCAGGAGCUGCUGGAAGAAGUGUCUAUGUGGGUAAUCAUGUCCCCAAGAAGCGGUAAGGUGUGAGAGCGGGUGGCAGUA